CUUGGGAGCUGGCGCCGGCGCGGCAUGUGGCAGCGUUGCUGGAGUCAAGCAAGUGACAGUCAGAGCCCCUUCUCCGACUGCCCCUAAAGAAACAUGAGGCGGUCGCGGUUGUUCCACCUGCCCCUGCCCCUGCUGCUGGCUCUGCUGCUCUGUUUGCCCUCCUCCCAGCCGAGGAAAGGCGGCUGCCCGGCUCCCUGUCGGUGCGAAGAGGACGGCGUGCUGGUGCGAGUAGACUGCUCGGACCGGGGACUGACGACCAUCCCUGCAAACCUCAGCAGCUUUACCUCCUAUCUAGAUCUCAGCAUGAACAACAUUACUGAGCUGCCCCAGAGAGGCCUUGAUAAUGUCCACUUCCUCGAGGAGUUGCGUCUUGCAGGAAAUGACUUGACAAACAUCCCCAUGGGAGCAUUUGACGGUCUUUACAAUCUUAAAGUCCUCAUGUUGCAGAAUAAUCAACUACGGGAAGUUCCUGAAGAGGCACUACAGAAUUUGCAGAGUCUCCAGUCACUACGACUGGAUGCUAAUCAUAUCUCUGUUGUGCCACCAAACUGUUUCAACGGGCUGGUUUCACUUAGGCACCUCUGGCUGGAUGACAACGCUCUGACAGAUAUUCCAGUCAAAGCCCUGAGCACUUUACCUUGCCUACAAGCCAUGACCUUGGCAUUGAACAGAAUUACUCAUAUCCCAGACUAUGCAUUUAGGAACCUUUCCAGUUUGGUGGUUCUGCAUCUCCAUAACAAUCAGAUUCACUCCCUGGGAAAGAAAUGCUUUGAUGGUCUCCACAGCCUAGAAACGUUAGACUUGAAUUAUAACAAUCUGGAUGAAUUUCCUGUUGCUGUGAAGGUCUUAGCCAAUCUCAAGGAAUUGGGGUUCCACAGCAACAACAUACAAUCAAUCCCUGAACAUGCAUUUUCUGGUAAUCCAGCACUUAUAACAAUCCACUUCUAUGACAACCCCAUUCAAUUUGUUGGAAGGUCAGCAUUCCAGAAUUUGCCUGAAUUACGCACACUCUCACUCAAUGGAGCCACAGAAAUAACUGAAUUUCCUGACCUUACAGGAACCAUAAAUUUGGAGAGUCUAACCCUGACUGGAGCACGAAUUUCCUCUCUUCCGAGCACUGUUUGCAAGCAGUUACCGAAUCUUCAAGUCUUAGAUCUGUCUUAUAACUGGAUUGAGCAACUACCAAGUCUCAAUGGCUGUCAAAAGCUUCAGAAACUUGACCUGCAUCACAACAAGCUUAAUGAAAUCCAGCAGGACACUUUCCGACAGCUCACUGCCCUGCGAUCACUUGACCUCAGUUGGAACAAGAUUGCAUUUAUUCAUCAAGAAUCAUUUAUUUCUUUACCAUCCUUAAUCAAACUUGAUCUCACCUUCAACCUUUUGACAUUUCUUCCCCUGUCUGGGCUAAGUGGCUUAACCCACCUGAAAAUAACAGGCAAUCAAGCUCUGCAGGACUUGCUGCCAAUAGAGAGCCUCCAUAACCUGAGGGUGCUGGAAAUGCCAUAUGCUUACCAAUGUUGUGCCUACAGACCUUGUGAAAGUUCCUACAAACUUGCAAAUCAAUGGGAGCAAGUAGAAAACAACAGUGAUGAGGAAGCUCAUAAACAAGAUGCUGGAAUGCUAUCUGGUCAAGAUGAUCAGGACCUAGAUGAUUUGUUCAUUGAAUUUGAAGAGGAUCCAAAAAUCCAUUCUGUCCAAUGCACUCCAACACCAGGACCCUUCAAGCCUUGUGAACAUCUGUUUGGCAGCUGGAUGAUACGUCUUGGAGUAUGGACCAUUGUUUUGCUCUCUCUCGUUUGCAACGGCUUGGUCGCCACAACAGUUUUUGGAUCUCCAGCGUUUAUUUCCCCACCCAAACUUCUAGUCGGGCUCCUGGCAGUGGUGAACUUGCUAAUGGGUGUCUACAGUGGUAUAUUGGCAAUUGUGGAUCUAUUAACGUUAGGCAGAUUUGCAAAAUAUGGAGCUUGGUGGGAGAAUGGAGUUGGCUGUCAAGCUGCAGGCUUUCUCUCGAUCUUCGCUUCCGAGCUGUCUAUUUUCCUACUCACAGUUGCAACUGUUGAACGCAGCCUCUCCACAAAAUGUGAUACAAGACAAGGGAAAACCUUAGGUUGCAUCAAGAUAGCAGCAACGUUCUGCGUGAUUCUGGCAUGCACAGUAGCUAUGUUUCCACUCUUCCGCAUCGGAGAUUACAGGAUUUCCCCACUUUGUUUUCCAUUACCCUUUGGGGAGCCCUCCACUUUAGGCUUUCUUGUGGCUUUAGUCUUACUGAACUCUCUCUGCUUCCUUGUCAUGACAAUAACCUACACAAAGCUGUACUGCGGUUUGGAAAAGGGAGAUGUGCACAGCUUCUGGCACUGCUCAAUGGUAAAACAUAUUGCCUGGCUGCUGUUCACUAACUGUAUUCUGUACUGCCCUGUGGCUUUCCUGUCAUUUUCUUCCUUGCUGAACCUCAUGGUUAUUAGUCCAGAUGUAGUGAAGUCAAUACUUCUAGUGAUUCUUCCGUUGCCAGGAUGCCUGAAUCCCUUGCUCUACGUUCUUUUUAACCCACAUUUCAAAGAUGAUUUUGGACUUCUGAGGAAGAAUCAGCAGUUGUGGAUGAGAUCAAAGCAGAGAAGCUUGGCCUCCUUAAACUCAGAAGAUGCCGAGAAGCAGUCCUGUGAUUCCACUCAAGAACUAGUGGCACGCUUGAGCACUCCCACAGCUUCUGGCACGUCCUGUCACUCAGUAAACAACUUUUCAGUGCAGACCACUUACCAGAUGAUGGAGACCUGUCAACAGACAUCAGUAACGUUUGCUCACUGCCAUUAGAGGGAAGGACCAACAAAAUCAUUCUUGCAACAUGAAAUUGCUUCAGAUAAUUGUUAUUUUUUUUAAAUGACGCAUAGUCGUGCCUUCUGACAAAAAUAUUCAAUGUGCAGGAGGAACAAAUUAUGUUUUGAAACAGGCCAGAAGAUCCGAGAAAUAUUUUUCUUCAUUCUGAGAGGUUCCCCAAUGGACAUGGUGGCAUACUGACCACUGCAGUUAUUUGAUCAAUGAAAACAUGAUUAUACUAUUUGAAAUUCAAGUUCACCAGUGAAAAGUUUGACAGCUUCAACAUUUACUUGGUAGAUUCAAAAACUAUUGAACAGUCUCUAAAACUAGCUGAUAACUUCCUCCAUUCAGCUUGUCUCACAGAUGAGGAGCUUAAAAAAAAACUUUUAAAUAGGUGAUGUCUUAUUUCAUGGACUAUAUUUUAUUGUAAUCACCCCCAAACACCAAUCAAAAGCUGCAUUCACUGGGUUCAUGGCUUUAAAUGUAAAUGCUGUUGUCUAUUUGUGACACACGUCAUCUAACAAGAGCACUGCCGUUCCUCUUUUUUUGAAGUGUCCAAUCACUUCUUAAACAAUUUGACCUCACACAAAAAUAGUUGUUAACAGUAGGACUUCUCCCAUUGACAACCAAAAAAACUAACCACUCAGUGCUCCUUCCAAACUGCAUAUAUGAGAGGAGGAACAGGCAAAGGCACAACUUCGCCUGCAAUUCAUUAUGAGUGUUAUGUUUGAUGGAUAUUUUCUCUUUCCCACUUCAUUCAUUCUAUGUAUAAAUAGCUGAAAGGGGCAAUAAAAAUCACCUUGACGUGCUAACAUUAAACAAGUACUGUAUAUUCAGCAAGAAUAAGAGAAAAUGUAAAAGCACUCAGCAUGUCAGGUAGCAUCCUUAGAGAGGGAGGCAAAGUUAAUGUGUCAGGGAUCAAUGACCUUUCAUCAGACCCAUACAUUUGGCUCCCUGUAGUACUCCAGCACAAAUAUUUGGUUUGAUUGAAUUCAGUGGAACUGAAUGUUGAGCGUGAAGUUCGACUGUUUGGCCAGAACAAAUAAAUUUCUACCCAACUCCUGUUCCCUGCCAUCAAGCUCAUAAACCUUCUGUGCCACUAGGUAGAGCAGUCAAUUGAAUCAAAACAUAUCUGGAAACAAGUGACAUGAAGAAAAUUUGACUAGUCAGAAGAACAACGUGUAGCUUCCAUUCCACGAUUUUAAUAGGUCAUGACGCCAAAAGCAGGACAGGCUUCUUUCAAUGAUCCAGUGGUACAGAGCACAUAAAUCCAGACUUUAAAACACCAUAGCAUGUUAUUAUUUGACAUUGUAAAUUUAGUUCUUAUUACUUAUUAAAAUAUUGCUUUGCUUAUAUUUCCAGCGUUACAAUUCUAUGAUGAAAAUCUUCCUGGCUUAAGGUAACAGCACAGUGACAUAGCAGUUGGUACAGUUAUUGUCCAGUUCCAGCAAUCCAGUUUCAUUUCAGACCUUGAGUGUUGUCUGUGCAGUGUUGUGUUCACAUGGGUUUUCUCUGGGUGCUCCAGUUUCCUGCCAUAUUACAAAGUCAUGCUCAUAAGCUAAUUGGCUACUGUAAAUUAUCCCUUAGUAUAGAUAGGUGGCAGGAGAAUUGGGGUUGAGUUGAUUGGCAUGUGAGAGAGGAUAGCUUACAGGGAAAUAUGUGGGGCAAUGGGACUAAUGGAAUUGCUCUGAGAGCCAGCAUAGAUUUGUUGGGCUGAAUGGCCUCCUAUGAUGUAAGAAAAUUUCAGAAUAGAUUGCAUAUUUAUUCAUGUGUUAACUUAAACUAUGUAUUUUUUGUGUGAUUCAUUUUGGUGACGACUGUAUCUUUGGUGAAGAGAACUGCACUUUUCCAAAACUAAAUGCAAGUAGUUUAGCAACAGUUAAAGACAAAGCAUUUGCAUAACAAUAUACCCGAUUUUAAAAAAAUAAAGACUUGCAGUAUAUCUUUGCAAAAUCCAACAGAAGAAAGAAAAAAAAUUAAAUAUUCAAAAGCAUUUGUAACUGCUUUUUAAAAUCCAAAUGUCUAUAAAAUAUGUACAUUUAUGAUAAUAAAAAAUGUAUUUAUUUCUGUUAUAAGGACAAUAACAAUUUUGUAUCCAGUCAAGAUAAUCUCAUAUAAUCUUUGUCAAAAAGAGCAGAAUCAUAAAUUAGACCUCUACUGUUGAGUGUAACAUGCUCUGUGCAUUUUUUAAAAUCCUGUAACAAGUAGAAGUAUAUUACCAUGUAUUAAUUUUUGGGUUGUAUAUAAUGUAUGUAAACAUUUAGCUGUAAAUAGUUUGGCUGCUGCGAUUUCUACUUCAGAGGGGAAAUAAGGACGC